CAUAUGUUCUCCUGGGGACGUCCUAAGGACCUCAUCCUGAGGAUGAAGAAACAUCCCCAGGAUGUCCUCAAGACGUACUCUGAACAUCCUCUGGACAUCUGUGCUAUUAGGGAUAUGAUUUAUCGACAGGGAGUACACAGUGAGAUAUAAUGGCAAAGAUAUACAAUUAUCUGCAAUUUGUUAUGAUUUGAACUUUAGGAUUAGAAAAUGAAUGAUAAUAACACAUAAAUUAGCAUAACAAUGAAACGAAUAGAUGCACAGAUGCUGAUAAUUUGGUAACACGCCCGGGAGUACGCGCGUGCGUGCACACGUACAAUCGUCUCCUAGAUAAUUUGACGAUAAUUAAUCUACUGUGCACAACUAAAUGUAAGAGUCCACAGCGGAUGCCCACAGCGUAGGCGAUUCCCCCGGUGCUCUGCUCUCUUAUCCGCGCUAUAUCCAAUCUAUUGUCGGUUAGGACGCCGGUGGUUCUCCCCUCUCCGGCACUGUGCAUGUGGUGCGUGAUGCGUGAUGCGUGGUGCGUCCUGUUGAUGCUUACACAGUCGAAUGAUCGAGCGUCAUUCAGUAUUAGUCGAGUGCUUCCCGGGUGAACGGCGGCGUGUCUUUCUCAUUUUUCUUCCUCUCGCGGCUAAGAGCACCGGCGUCCUCCUCGAGUUCCGCUGCUACUUCAGCUUCUUUAAGACUCGACCAUUCGUCGUAUCUAGUCCGAUCUAGUCGCCAGCGAUCUUAACAAAUCGCAAUUCCAAUCAUACACCGAUAUAUACCUGGUUUCGCCCUGUCUUUCACGAUCCUGCGAGACCACCGAACCACACAUGGGGCAGAAGAUGAAGAUAUUGCCGAAUCGCAAGUAUCAACGGCCAUCCGCAAGGGACGUUUUCCGUCGACGAUGGUGAAUCAUGAGACACGAUUGGGCGUCGACUAUCGCUACGGAAACGGAAAAGGAGGAAAUUUAGCGGAGCAAGGCGAGCAAGGCGAACGAGUAAAGUAUUUGGAGAAUCGAGAGGCGAGCGGGAGACAGCUCGCGCCUCUUAUUUGUUGUCGUAUCGUGCGGAGGCGCGGUAUCGCGUCACUGCUUAUUUUACAGCUAACGAAAAUACGUAGGACGAUCGUCCCGAGCGCCUGUUCACGCUGUGUGUGUACACAAUCGACGAAAUUCUAUUAUCGGUGUGGUGUUGCGCGACGCUUUUCCCGCGUGAAUAACGAAAAAAAAAAUAUCGAGAAAGUUCUACAAUGUGACAACAACAUCUCUCGUCACUUUAUCGGAAAUUCGCGUUCGAGAGCUCGAAGCUUGUUGCCGUUGUGCAGAAAAUCUUGAAGGAGGAAAGAGGAACUCUGUGACUCGACUGACCACCUUGACUCGAAUUCCUCGCGGGAGUGAGGAUCAGAGAGGACAACCUCCGUUUACUCUCUCGCUGGCUCUUGGAGGACUCGGGCCAAGGUUCCCAGAGGAAAAAGCGACUCGUACCAAAUUCGUGUUUGCCAAGCACGUCAUGAUAUUCUGCGCGAAAUUUCGCGCUCGGAGAAGCUAACGACAAAAGAUCGAGCGACGUGUGACCUGUAACGAUGCGUGUCCCGAGGCACGAUCUCGAGUUGUCGGAGUCGGAGUAACUUCUUACACGACAACGAGGACGAUGUAAAUCGGCCGACGAGCGACGACGUUUAUUCGAGAACACGAACAAACACAGAGAAGAGAAGAGAAAAAUGAACUCCUGCUUCCCGCACUUGGCGAUACUGAAUCCACGAAAUGCGAACAAGCCGAGAGAUCGGCUCAACGACGUCGGGUGCAACGUCGUAAACGCCGAGGACGUUCGGACGCGGCGUUCAAGGAGCCCGACGCUCGCGGGCAAGAACGAUGUCUUUCAGGACUUGGAUCUGUAUUACGUGCGGCAGAUCGCGCGAAACUCGAAGGAAUACGAUCUGGAGCAAAAGAUCGAGGUGGAGAUCAAGAUGAGAGAAGGUUCGGCUAGGCUCUUGGCGGCCGCGAAGCAUCGCGCUCAGAGCUUGGAGGCCGCCAGGGCACUGCUCACGUCCAACGAGAGAAUGUCGGUUUACAUGGCGGAACUGCAGAGUCGUCGUCGGGAGCCUAUUAAAAAGCCAUGCAUUCCUGGUAGUGUGGGCAAGUUAUCAAUUUCAGACCUCAGGAUACCAUUGAUGUGGAGAGACUCUGAUCACUUCAAGAAUCGCGGUGAUCAUCGUCGAUUCGCUGUAUUCUGCUUAGCGCGAUUGGGCACGGAGAUUCACGACACUUCUUUAUUGUGCCCCAUCGACAGGGCCCACACCGAUAUCAGUUUUCCUGACGUUUUGAUAUUUAACAACGUACCAGCCGAGUUCGAGUUAGUUUUAGAAAUUUACAGCCACGUCUUGCAAGAGGACCUAAGUAUCGCUAGCACGCCGAGAAGAAUCAAAAAGACAAUUCACUCGUCGAUCUCGAAAACCGUCGGCAAAAAGCUCGCUGCGUCGCUUCGCGAUGAAUUCAGCUCCGGAAAGUCUGGGCCACACUUUGACCUAGUUGCUCGUGCAAGGUUGACCCUAGACGACACGGAUGAUAACAUUCACACGCAUGAUCUCGUUAUUAACAACGUCGAAAAUAAGUAUCACUCUCUACCGCUUUUCGGUCACUUUUGCUGUCGAUUGGCGGCACAACCGGAAUGCGUCAGUAAGGAGAUGUGCAUCGGCAACGUGAGCGUAGACGGUCAAGAUUGUUGGGCACGUUUGCAAGGAUUCUCCAUAAAAAUGUGGGAGUCGAAGAAACACGCGGAAGAAGGUCAGAAUCCGGAACGUGUGAUACCAAUUAAUAAGGAAACAUCCAUUCAAGUAGCCAAGUCUUCCGCUAAGGAACUGUUGGUCAAUAAUAGCAACAAUAUGAGCAAAUUAUUGUCUAUUAAGUUUGAAUCAAAGGAGGAAGCUCAAAAGUGGUUUAAAUUAUUAUCUGCCCACAUUAAUGACCAUUCAAGAUGGAAACGUGCCGCCGAAGUUAUACAAAGAGUGUCUAACAUCGAAAGUACAAGGAAUUCUUUUAUCAGCAAUAAAAGGCAAGGAUCUUUAUACGACGAGACUCCUUUAAUUGAAUCAAUCCCAUCGGAUUAUACGUCCGCGAGAUCUAAUAUACAAACAAUUUUUGAUCUCACACCAAGUACUAGUCUAAGCAGUUCUAGUUCUACGAAUAGUUUAACGAGUCUGCGUUCACGUUCGUUAAGUAUCGGCGGUGCGUUUAAACAAAGUGCCAUUGCCUUAAAGUCUCACUUAGCUCCCUCUAGUAAAAACGAAUUGUAACGAUUUUACAUUUCUUUCCGAGGAAUCCACUUAUCUGACAUGUCCGAGUUAUCAUUAAGACGAAUAUAUUAGAAUUUUUCAUCUUUUUCAUAUCAUUCAUAUUAAAUCUCACACAAUAUGUACGCCUUAAGAUUAAAAUAGAAAAACAUAAAAAUUGUAUAAUAAGAAUAUAUAAAUUGUAUAGUAGUAACAUAUAAAUAGUAUAAUGAAGACAAAUUGUAAUUUUUUAUAAUUAUUCAAUUUAACGUAAUACAUAGAUGUAGCAUAAAAUACAUUUUAAUUCGGUCACAUGCAAAUAUAAUGCCGAUAAUGAUGAUUGGUAACUCGGAAUGUUAGAGAAGCUAGUUGAA